AUGGCUACUGGUACGUAUACUUAUGCAUAUACAUAUAUAUAUAUAUAGAUAUACAGCGACCUGGAAAAGAGGUUAGAUUGGCGACAAGUUUUACUAACUAACAACUUUAUGACUUCAGUUGUGGAUCACAAUAAGCCCUAUUCGGCAUCUUCGCCACCUCAAGAUAUCAAAAUAAUCAAGAAAGUUUUAAACGGCUAUGUUGGGUUUGCAAACUUACCCAAGCAAUGGCACAGAAAGUCGUUGAGGAGAGGCUUUUCGUUGAACAUUAUGGCGAUUGGAGAAAGCGGGUUGGGCAAAGCCACAUUGAUCAAUACCCUUUUCAACCGUGAGAUCAUGAACAGAAGAGGCGGUAAACACGAUUACGAUUUCGCUGACGACGAAGACGAAUCUGACGGAGAGGCAGCAAUAGGAGCCGGGGCAGCAGGAGGUGCGCAGAAUGGAGAUGGCAUCAACAGCAAUGUCAAGAUUAGAACCACUCAAGCCGACAUUGAGGAAGAUGGAGUCAAGUUGAAAGUUAGUAUCAUUACCGCUCCUGGAUUUGGCGAGUCGAUCAACAAUCUUGAUUCUUGGAAACCGAUUGUUGAUGAGAUCAAUAGUCGAUUUGACUCUUAUUUGGAAGCAGAGUCAAAAAUCAACAGAUCAGCAAUCACUGAUAACAGGGUCCAUGCGUUCUUGUACUUUAUUGAGCCCACUGGCCACUCGUUGAGAAGCUUGGAUAUCGCCUUGAUGAAGCAAGUUCACGAAAAAGUCAACUUGAUUCCGAUAAUUGCCAAGUCCGAUACUUUAACCGAUGAAGAAAUUGUCCAGUUCAAGCAUUCUAUCUUGGCUGAUAUCGACAACCAAGGCAUCAAGAUAUUCAAGCCCGCCCAGUUUGAAAACGAUGAUGAUGAAACUAUAGCUAACACCAAGCAGAUUAUCGACAAGUUCCCAUUUGCUGUGAUUGGAUCUACCAAGGAAGUUCAAACCAAUGACGGUAGAUUGGUUAGAGGAAGAAAAUACCCAUGGGGCUUGAUUGAGGUUGACAAUGCCGACCACAAUGACUUUGUCAGAUUGCGUCAGCUAUUAGUUCGCAAUUUCCUUGAAGAGUUGAAGGAAACAACGUCAAACAAGUUGUAUGAAAACUACAGAACUGAAAAGUUGAAAAAGAUGGGCAUUGAGCAAGACAACACCGUGUUUAGAGAAUUCGACCCAUUGGCAAGACAGGAAGAGGAACGAGCACUUCAUGAAGCUAAAUUAGCCAAGAUGGAAGCCGAGAUGAAGACGGUUUUCCAGCAAAAAGUUAGUGAAAAGGAAAAGAAGUUACAAAGAUCCGAAGCUGAUUUAUUUGCAAGACACAAGGAAAUGAAGGAUAAGUUGACCAAACAGAUCAAAUUGUUGGAAGAGAAGAAGCAGCAAUUGGAAAAACAAAAAUUGUUACCUCAGGAACCAGCACCUACAUCAGCCCCUCAAAAGACGCGUAAAGGCUUCUUACGUUAG